AUGAGUUGGCUGCUUGUGGACCACAUCACCAGCAGUUUCCGAGAAGAUGCUCCUCGACCCCCGGUGCCUGGGGAGGAGGGCGAGGCGCCCUGCUACCCCGGCAAACGCACCACAAUGAAACGGGAGCCCAGCAAAUCGGUGGCGCUCGGCCCGCCAGGCCCCUCGGCCCGGAGGAACGAGGAUGGUCUCGGGGAGCCCGAGGGGAGCGCCUCACCGGAUUCGCCGCUGUCCCGCUGGACCAAGUCUCUGCAUUCUCUCCUUGGGGACCAAGACGGCGCCCUCCUCUUUCGGACAUUCCUGGAGACCGAAAAGUGCGCAGACGCCUUGGACUUUUGGUUUGCCUGCAAUGGCUUUAGGCAGAUGAACCUGAAGGAUAGCAAAACGCAGCGAGUGGCCAAAGCCAUUUACAAGCGCUACAUCGAGAACAACGGCGUGGUGGCCAAGCAGCUCAAGCCCGCCACCAAGACCUUUAUCAAGGAUAACGUCAAGAAGCAGCACAUCGACUCCGCUAUGUUCGACCAGGCGCAGAUGGAGAUCCAAAGCAACAUGGAGGAGAACGCCUACCAGAUGUUUCUGUCCUCUGAUGUUUUCUUCAAGUUUGUGAGGAGCGGCGGCGAAAACGCCAUUCACGUCAACCCCGACGGCCUGAACGAGCUUCAGGUCGUGUGCGGAUAUCUGCCAACGCUCAACGAGGAAGAAGAGUGGAGUUUUGAUUUUAAGAGCAAAGCGGCCGCCAUGGGACUGCUGGUGAAGUCGCCGCGGAUGGCCGUGACCGUCAAGGGGCUGGAGGUCAUGGAGAGGGGCUACAGGUGGUCCAAGGGAGGAGACGUUUGCCAUGUGGGCUCCUUUGCUCCCGUCAGCAGCACCAACGACAGCGAGGUGUCCAGCGAUGCCUUGACAGACGACAACAUGUCUGUGACCGACAGCAGCGUAGAUGGCAUCCCUCCUUACAAACUGAGCUCCAAGAAGCUGCUUCAGAGGGAGAUGCAGCGGAACGUGCGCAUGAACAGCAAAGUGUCUCUGCCUGCUUUCCCCCGUGCCCGCUGUCCUCCCAAGGAAGGGGUCCCGGUGGAGCCGGCAAAGUUUGCCGCUCAGCUCAUCUCGCGCCUGGAGAGCCUGAAGAGGGAACAGGACAGCCUCAGCUCUCUGGAGGAGAGGCUGCAGCAGAUUCAGGAGGAGGAGGAACGAGAGGACGCAGAGGUAGUGGGAAGCGCUCAGCACGUUUCCCCCCACCCGCAGAGCCUACUCCCCAGCUCGUCCGAGGAAGACCCCCAGGCCAUCCUGGAUGAGCACCUGUCGCGCGUCCUGAAGACCCCCGGGUGCCAGUCCCCGGCCGUCAUCUGGCACUCGCCCCGCUCCCGCUCGCCCGAUCAUCGGCCCUUCACGCGGGCCGGCUCGGGACUCAAGGCGGGUUCCCUUUCCGGUCCCGACCAGGGGGCCUUGGCGCUCGGCCUGGGCCCUGGCGGGACCCUGGUGGGCAGCCAGGGCAGCAAGCACAUCCACCACCACUACAUCCACCAUCAUGCCAGCCCCAAGACCAAAGAGCAGUUUGAGAGAGAGGCGGCUCUGCGCGUGCACACGCUGUGCUCCACUGGUGGCGAGUUCCCGCCCUGCCAGGGUUAUCAGCGUAGCCGCAGCCUGGGCCGAGACUUGUGCAGCGCCGUCACGACCGAUGCCAGCAUGGGACGUUCCAGCUCUCUGUCGCGACGCACGCGGCGCUCAGGGCUUGAGGAGGGCGUGGCUGAAAGGUGCGCCGAGGAGUGCGGCCCCCUCCAGCCACCCAGCAACACGGCCGACCCCGCUCGCAAUGUCUUGCAGUGGAUCCUCGAAAGCAAGCGACAAGGCAGGCACAAGUCAAGUGGCACCCAGAGCAGCAAAAAAUCUUUUGGGGUCUCCUCGACCCAGACUCACACGUGGGGUGGCGGCGGAAACUGCGCUCAUCUUCGCGGCCACCAGCCUUCGCAGCCGUUCGUCCAAGACCCCGCCAUGCCCCCCCUGCCCCCUCCCAACACUUUGGCCCAGCUGGAGGAGGCGUGCCGCAGACUGGAGGAGGUUUCCAUCCCCAAGAGCGCCAAGCAAAGGCAUUCGCUGUCCAGUCUCCAGCGGGACAAGAGCCAUGUUGUGCCUGUGCAGACUGAGGGAUCCGCCCUCGUGUCUCCUGCUAACUGCCUCAACAUUGCCGCCGGCCCCAGUCCCCAGUCAGACGACACUGCAGAGUGUCGAAAGAGUUUAACGACCCACAGGCCAUGUGACGGCGGUGAGACGGUGGUGACCUACUUCUUUUGCGGGGAGGAGAUCCCGUAUCGGAGGACCAUGAAGAGCCACAGCCUCACCCUCGGCCACUUCAAGGAGCAGCUGCGCAAGAGGGGCACCUACAGAUACUAUUUCAAGAAGGCCAGCGACGAGUUUGAGUGCGGCGCCGUAUUUGAGGAAGUGUCGGAUGACGGCUCCUUGUUGCCCACCUAUGAGGGCAAAAUCCUGGGCAAGGUGGAGAGGAUGGACUGAGGCCGAUGAAGGACGACCGGCCGCGCGACUUGUCUCGAGUGCACCGGAAAACUCCCCAGAAACGUGUCGACAGGACUGAAGGUGAAUGACCACUCGUCAAGCAAGCGGAAUGGAAUGGAGUGGAAUGGAGCGGACCCAACGCCUAAACACCCUCCCCUGUAUUGUAGUGUAAAGAUUUGAAUUGCUAUUUAUUGAAGCUAUCUCAUCCCCACAACCUGACAAUUCCAUGGACAUGCUUCUUCUGAUGAUGGGCGGGAAAACAGAAAACUACCCUUUUUUUGUAAUCUUCACUUUAACAAGGAAAUUAUUAUUUUAGGCUGCAAACUUUACUUAUACCUCUGUUGUUUCAUGGGGAACAAUCCUACAUUUACUACUACUAUUUGUGACGCCCACCCCUUUCAUUUUCUCCGAAGAGCCACUUUCAACAAAUUCUCCUCUCUGGGACUAGUCUUGAUCCUUCUCAUCACAGUGCCUUGGUUUGAGUGGCGCAGGCGUUGCACAGAUAGCCUUCGCCUCCGCGAACAGAGAGAGAAAGACGUGUUUACAUCUUGAAGAAUUUUGAGCAACAAAAGCGCAACAGCCUGUUCCCCAAAUGUGUUUAUUGUAUGUGCGCGCGUGUAUGACCGAGUUGAUUUGUGUGCAACUCAGAGCUGCAUGAUAAUGACGAAUUUUGUAUGGAGUACAGCAGCUGUGCCUACAUGGAUUCUUGCCGUGUUCGACCCCAUUUUAAGGGGUCCCGUUACUCCCUUGAUUUUCACAAGGGGCCUAAAAAUGUUGAACUAAAGAUAUUUUUAUGCAUUUUUUUUAUCUAUAUCUCGUUUCAUCAUCCUUUUAUGUUUUAUAAUAUUUUACAUGGCUUUGUCGGCUCCACUAAAACUGUAAAUUAUGCAUUCUAUAGAGCUCGGUACUUUAAUUAUUGUAAUUAUAAAGAGAUGUAGCCUUUAUUAAAAUGUUCUAUUUUUUAAAUGA